AUGGAAGGGCGUUCCACAAGCAUAAUAUCUUUGCAACGACUGCAUGCCCAGGUGCCGUUUCGAACACAUCAGUUUUCAGAGUGGCCCUGUUUUACGACUCCUUUUUGGCGUGUGAACUACACUCCAAUAGCACCGUCACCUUCCGGACUUCGAACUGCCACUCACCAACUUGGAUUGCUCAUCCCGAGAAUUCAAGUGUGUGUGCGUGUGAUCAACAACCAUUUGGAGGCUCGAGCCGGACAGCUCCAUUACAAUGGCUUGCUGGAAGAGUAUUCGAAAGGCAGUCUUUGGACGCCCUCGCGUUGCUUCACAGCUUGCCACAAAGGAAGGUCCGUCCAGACCAGGCCGGGUUUAGUGGCUCAAUUGAGAGACAACAGUACAACCCUGAGCUGUGUCUAG